UUUUAACCAUCAUCUCUGAAUUAAUGGAGGAAGACGCUCAAAAUCCAGCCGAGGUAGAAGAACCCAAUCAACCAUUCGCAGGAGGUAUCCAUAAAGCUCAAGAUCCGGAGUUAUUGCAACCCAAUCAGAUCAUUGAUACCUUUGGAAUAUUGUGCAACCACUUGGUUCAAAUAAAUCUAGAGCAUAUUGGUGAAAUCAUUCAAUUUUUGGAUGAGAUAAGCAUGAGUCUUGAAACUGAUAGAAAAAUAGCACAAGCUCUAAUUAUGAUCAUAAACAAGUCAGAUUCAUUAGCAAAGCUACCAAAGAUAGUCCUACUGAGCGAGAUGGCUAAAAGGGAGCCCAACAGAUUCAUUCAUCAUCUUGAACCAAGACUUCUACAGAUUUUCUGCCAAGCCUUUCUAAAAGAUGCUGAACAAAACUACAGAAGAGAGCUCAUCAAAAUUUUCAAAGCAUGGAAGGGAAUUUUUAACAAGAGGACUCUUGAUGAAAUUUCAGAACGGCUGAAGCUUCCUGAAAUGGACAAGAUACUCUUUGCAAGAGAAGAAAAUGAGUCAGUUGACUACUCAUUUACUUCUAAAAUUCUGGCUCAGCAACCAACUGAGCAGAAUCCUGGGAUUGAGCAACAGCAAUAUUCACAUCUAGUGCAGCCUAUCUAUCAAACGGAAUUGUAUAAGAAAGACAGACUCAAGGGUAAUAAAGAGUUAGAUACAUCACAUGAUUCUGGAAGGGCAGAUGAAAGAGAUCCUUGCAAUGAUCAAGACAGUUUAGAACAAAGAGGGGCACAUCAUAGCAAAGGAUCGAGCCUAGGAGGGUUAUUCAGUUACAUUAGGAAACAAUACCAACGUAUUUACAAAGACUUAAAAAUGCAAAGGAACCUGGAUACAGCCCUCUGCUGGAACCCAGAGAGAGCAAUCACUGAUCCUGAAGUGACCAAAUCAAUUAAGAUUUCAGAUACAGUAAAUUCACUCUAUUCCGAUAGGGCUUUCCAGUGCACAGUUUGAGGGAUCAGGCUCAUGCAAAAUUCAGACUUAAAAACUCAUUUGGACGUUCACUUCGAAAGCAAUAGAAAAUAUUUUGCAAACUUAUGAAAGAGAUCAGGUGGCUUUAACACCAGAACUGAGUUCUCCACUAAGAAGGCUUUCCUUGGUGAGGCCUGAAAAGAGAGCAUGGGCCUCGGUAGUGACAAAGUCACUCUGUUUGACCUCCGCUCAGGUGAUGCUAAAGGAGAAUACUCAAUAGAAGAGCAUCUUCCAUGAGAAGAAUUCAACUCUGACGUCACAUCUUGCCUUAUCUGAGGAGAGCAAUUUCAAGUCCUCAGAGAGAUGAAAAAGGAAGAGGACUUCUACAUUGGUGUCACUAAAGUAGAAGUCAACCCUAAUCAGUUCUUUCUAAUACAUUCUAAAGAUUGAUUAAAGGCUCUUCGACAAGAAUCUUUCGAAUUCACCCAAAUGCUGAAGCAGAAAAAGAAUGAAAAAUUACCUAAAACUCAUCAAGAAGGAGGAAUGGUAGCCAAACAUUGUGAGGAGAAAAACAGCAAUCAUGUGACUCUAAAGGAGGCAGUACAUCAUUUUUCACCCUCCACAAUACCAUCACAUCAUUCCAGAUCUUUUGAUGUUCCUGUAAUUUCGAAGGAGCAUAAUUCGUUAUGAGGAGCCAAGAGAAAGCCAGAUGUAGAAAUCGAAAAUCAAGAUGCCACCAAGAAGUCUAAGCUAGUAGAAAACCUAAAUGCUGAAUCAAAUAAUGAAGUGUUCCAGACAGAGUUACCAGUCCAGACUCAUUGACAAGACCUUUUAGCGAAGUCCGCUCAGUUAGAACUGAAGGCCCCAAAUAGCCCUUUACAACACUAAUACGUA